AUGAACACCAAACGGUUUGCGAUGGAUUAUCUCAAAGUUUUCGUCUCGUUUUUGGUCAUACACUUGACGUGUCUCGUUAAUGGCGACGAACACAACCAUUUGUAUAAAAGCAAUGAGGAGGUGGUAUUGUGGAUGAACACUGUCGGUCCAUAUCAUAAUCGACAAGAAACAUAUACUUACUUUAGUUUGCCAUUUUGUGCGGGCCCUAAAGAUUCAAUUAGUCAUUAUCAUGAAACACUUGGUGAAGCUUUACAGGGCGUUGAGCUUAUACACAGUGGACUGGAAAUGCAUUUUAAAGAGGACAUAUCUAAAGUACCAUUCUGUCAAGUAAACUUGGAUGAUAACAAAUUAAAAGCAUUUAUAUAUGCCGUACGAAAUCACUACUGGUAUCAAAUGUAUAUUGACGAUCUUCCGAUUUGGGGGAUUGUUGGAGAAUUAGAUGAAACUAAUAACAAAUAUUAUAUAUGGACACACAAAAAAUUUGAUAUUGGCUUUAAUGAUCAUCAUAUUGUUGAUGUAAAUUUGACAUCAGAGACCAAAGUUGAACUCAAAGUAAAUACUAAUAUUGAAUUUACUUAUGAAAUGAAUUGGAAAGAAUCUCCUAUUAUUUAUAAAGAUCGCUUCAAUAAAUAUUUAGAUCCUAAAUUCUUCCAACACAGAAUACAUUGGUUUAGCAUUUUCAACAGUUUUAUGAUGGUUAUAUUUUUAGUUGGAUUAGUAUCUAUGAUUUUAUUGCGAACUGUGCGAAAAGAUUAUGCUCGUUACAGUCAAGACGAAGAAGUUGAUGCUAUGGACAAGGAUUUGGGUGACGAAUAUGGAUGGAAGCAAGUUCAUGGCGAUGUUUUCCGUCCAGCAUCUUAUCCUAUGCUUUUCUCUGCCAUUAUUGGAUGUGGUCACCACAUCACUCUAGUCACUCUCGUAGUUAUAACAUUUACAAUAAUUGGAGAUUUAUAUACAGAACGAGGAUCAUUAUUGGGUACAUCAAUAUUUGUGUAUGCUGUAACUUCUCCUGUUAAUGGUUACUUUGGUGGAGCCUUAUAUGCUAAGAUGGGUGGACGUAUUUGGAUCAGACAGAUGUUGUUAUCUGCAUUUUUAUUACCUUCACUUGUUUGUGGCAUGGCAUUCCUUAUUAAUUUUAUUGCAAUCUAUUAUCAUGCAUCCCGUGCCAUUCCAUUUGGUUCAAUGGUCGCAGUAGCCUGUAUAUGCGUUUUUGUGAUAUUACCUCUUACAUUGGUUGGAACUUUGCUGGGUCGAAAUUUGUCUGGGCAACCAGAUUACCCUUGCAGAGUAAAUGCUGUACCAAGACCUAUACCAGAGAAAAAAUGGUUUAUGGAACCUUUAAUAAUCACAAUGCUUGGUGGAAUACUGCCCUUUGGAUCAAUAUUUAUUGAAAUGUAUUUUAUAUUUACUUCAUUUUGGGCAUACAAAAUAUAUUAUGUUUAUGGAUUUAUGCUGCUAGUUGUUUUGAUACUUAUGGUGGUAACCGUUUGUGUCACAAUUGUAUGUACUUAUUUCCUACUUAAUGCUGAAGAUUAUAGAUGGCAAUGGACAAGUUUUGCAGCAGCAGCAUCAACUGCAUUUUACGUUUAUCUGUAUUCAUUUUAUUACUUUAUGUUUAAAACAAAAAUGUAUGGACUUUUUCAAACUGCAUUCUAUUUUGGUUACAUGGCAUUAUUCAGCAUUGCUUUAGGAAUCAUGUGUGGUACUGUGGGUUACAUUGGUGCUCAUGCUUUUGUGCGCAAAAUUUACACUACUGUCAAGAUUGAUUGA